CAUUAGCUGUGGCCAAGUGGCCCUAGAGAGGGAGUAGAGGCCAGGCCUCCGGCAUUUCUCUUCCCCCAACAGCGGUUCGAGGAAGGCGGCUCAGGAGAGGGAAGGUGAGGGGCGGGCAGGCAGGCUUCGUGGGUAACUACUAGGCGUUGUGUAUGUAUGUUUUGGUAUCUAAAUGGUACUACACACGCACACACACGCAGGCACGCACGCACACACGCGCACACACACUGGUUUCGGCUAAUUGCUUUUUAAAAUGUUAACAUUGUGUCUUGCAGAUCUUCCUAGAAUAGGGAAUCCAAAUUCAUCUCAGCUUUUAAACAGCUGCAUUGUAUCAUUGUACUACAGUGUAUUUAACCAUUUCUUGAUUGAUGUACAUGACCAUGUUUCCUUUCGGGGAGGGGGUGGGAGGGAGGUAUUACGAGCAAUGCUAUAAUGAAUGGCCUUGUGUAUAUGUUGUAUGCACAUGUAUGAGUAUUUCCUUAGGAAACAUUCUUAGCAGAGUAAUUGCUGGGCAAAAGUCUGGACAUUUUGAAUUUUGAUACAUUGUCUAAAUUACCUCCCGCAAAGGGUAUACUAAUGUAUACUCUACACUGUUGUGCAAGAGUGCCUGUUUUUCCACAGUUGUAUCAACAGCAAUUAUUAACAAUCUUUGUAAUUUCAGCCAAUUUAAAGGGCAAAAAAAAAAUCCUAUGUCGUUUUCAUUUGCCUUUUUCAGAUUAUUAGUGAAAUCAAACGUGUUUUAUUUGUCCCAUAACAAAAGUAGACAAAUAUCAGUAGUCAUUCAUCUACAAGAAAUAUUCAUUUUGAAAAGGUAUUAAAAAUUGCAUUUGCAAUAACAAGAAAAAACAUUCGAAAUACAUGGAAGUAAACUAUAGAACUUUACAGAGGGGUAUAAUAAAAACGUUUUCAUAAAUGGAGAAGAGAUAUCAUGCUCCUGAUUAAGAAAGCUCGCUUUUGUAGUGAUGUCUAUUUUUCCUGGAUUGAUUUAUAUAGUUGAUGCAAUUCCAAUAAAUAUCUAAGUUUUUGAAACUUAAUAUGAUUCCAAAGUUCCUGUAAGGGGGGAUAGCUAAGAAAAACUGAGAAGAGAUUUUUAAAAGUAAAGAUGGGACUAUAUGUACUACUAGCUAUUAAUGCACUCUAAAGGAACAAUAUUUAUAUUAGAAUGGACAGAACAAUGCAUUAGAAUGGAAAAGCCCACGAAUCGAGCUAGAAUUCAUUGGUGAAACAGUGUUGGCUAGAUGUGGAAAAAUUUCCGGAUUGAAUGCUUCAAGCACUAACAACCACCACCACCCCCAGCUGAAUUGCCUUUCGGGAGAGACUCCUUUGUUUGGAGAAAACCACUUUAUUGUAUCAUUUUGGCUCCCCUAAGGUAAGGCUUGAAAACUUGAAAUUGGUGGCUUUAGAACCAGAAGGAACGGUGUGAACCUUUAAGAUGGAUUCAGGCUAGCCUGCAGUGCGACGAGCAAACCAGUGUAGACACUCUAGGUCUUUUUAAACAAUUGUUGUUCGCUCUAAUGGGCAAAAAAAUGUUAUGUCAUUGUUUUCAUUUGCAUUGGAGUGCUUAUUGUGGGAUUGUGCGUCUUUUAUGUGUUAGUCCAGGAGACUGCAUUAUUCCUGGAGGCAGGUAACAAUAGGAGACUCAUUGCGCCCCUUCUAAAUGGAGUUUGGCUUAUUGGUACAGCCCUGCCCGGAAGCGUGAGAAUAAACAGGUUGACUUUUUAAAUAUUCCUCAAGCCCUGGGCAAGCUCUGGGCACCUAGAUUGGGGGCGGAGGCAGUUUUCAGGACAUGGCCGAGAUUUGGCGCUGAGCUGUGUCAUCGCGAGGUUUGGCAGACAGCUCCGCAGUGAGUCGGAAACCUCGUGGUUAGCGAGAUCCCUGCAGGACGAGAGGUUCCUCCCUUCCCCCCAAAAAAACUCCCAGUCAUUUUCAUGAAGCCCCGCCCCUGUCCUUUUUAGGAGCCUGCCGCAGGUCUCGCGAGAUCUCUUGCUUCCUAAAGGCGAGGCGCGGGCGGCAUCCUGCGGUGAAUUUCGAAGGUCUCAUCGUGGGAGCUCGAGCGUAGUAUCGCGAUAGUUCUCCCGGCGCAUGCGGGAGCCGGCGGCGGCACAUUGGCUCCGCCUCCCGGUCCUUCGUGAGGUUGUGCGUCAUUUGCUUUUUGCCUCGCUUAGGGUGAGAGCAGAGCUGCAGGGACUUAAGCUUUGGUUGGGAGGAGGGGUCUGGGGAGGGUUGGGCUCUGGCUUUCCCGUCCGGUGGAGGUUCUCGCGGGAUCGCGCGGAGGCGGCAGCCGUUCUGCUAGUGACUGCAGCAGCCGCGGAGGCGGCGGCUACGUCUUCGGCUCGUGCCGGUCUCUGCCGGUCCUCCCAUAGCAUAACCCAAGCUGGGUUAGUGCUCCAGAGGAGCCAGCGGAUCAACUUGAUCAGAACGGUUCAGGAACCUUCUGGAACAGUGUUGGGAUUUCCCACCAGAAUGAUUAUGAGUGGCUGUGAUUUUAGAUCAUAAAGAUAUUUGAAAUCAUGAAAGUAGACAGAACUAAACUGAAAAAGACCCCUACCGAGGCCCCUGCUGACUGCAGAGCCUUAAUAGAUAAACUCAAAGUUUGCAAUGAUGACCAACUCCUCCUGGAAUUACAGCAGAUCAAAACAUGGAACAUUGGGAAGUGUGAGUUAUAUCACUGGGUGGACCUGUUGGACCGCUUCGAUGGAAUCCUGGCAGAUGCUGGACAGACAGUGGAGAACAUGUCAUGGAUGCUCGUCUGCGACAGACCGGAAAGAGAGCAGCUAAAAAUGCUUCUUCUGGCUGUGCUGAACUUCACAGCCUUGCUCAUUGAAUACAGCUUUUCUCGGCAUCUGUACAGUUCUAUAGAGCAUUUGACAACUUUAUUGGCAUCCUCUGAUAUGCAAGUGGUGCUGGCUGUACUUAACCUUCUGUAUGUAUUUAGCAAAAGAUCAAACUAUAUCACACGUCUUGGAUCUGACAAGAGGACCCCACUGCUAACACGGCUACAACAUUUGGCUGAGAGCUGGGGUGGAAAGGAGAAUGGCUUUGGACUGGCAGAGUGCUGCAGAGACUUGCAUAUGAUGAAAUAUCCACCCAGUGCAACUACACUACACUUUGAAUUUUAUGCAGACCCUGGGGCUGAGGUCAAAAUUGAGAAGAAGACAACUAGUAACACACUACAUUAUAUUCACAUAGAACAACUUGACAAGAUUUCAGAAAGUCCGUCCGAAAUCAUGGAAUCUCUUACCAAAAUGUACAGCAUCCCUAAAGAUAAACAGAUGCUGUUAUUUACACACAUACGGCUGGCCCAUGGGUUUUCAAACCAUAGAAAGCGGCUCCAAGCUGUUCAGGCCAGACUGCAUGCAAUAUCUAUAUUAGUGUAUUCCAAUGCCUUGCAGGAAUCAGCAAACAGUAUCUUGUACAAUGGCUUGAUAGAGGAGUUAGUAGAUGUCCUUCAGAUAACAGAUAAGCAGCUCAUGGAGAUUAAAGCUGCUUCUUUACGGACGCUGACAUCAAUUGUUCACUUGGAGAGAACUCCCAAACUCAGCAGUAUUAUUGAUUGUACUGGAACUGCCUCCUACCAUGGAUUUUUACCGGUACUUGUAAGGAACUGUAUCCAGGCCAUGAUUGAUCCUUCCAUGGAUCCAUACCCUCACCAGUUUGCUACUGCUCUCUUCUCUUUUUUAUACCACCUGGCAAGCUACGAUGCUGGUGGGGAAGCCUUGGUCUCCUGUGGAAUGAUGGAAGCCUUAUUGAAGGUCAUAAAGUUUCUUGGUGAUGAACAGGACCAGAUAACAUUUGUUACCAGAGCUGUGAGAGUGGUUGACCUCAUAACCAACCUGGACAUGGCCGCUUUUCAAUCCCAUAGUGGACUUUCUAUAUUCAUUUAUAGACUUGAGCACGAAGUAGAUUUGUGCCGAAAAGAGUGCCCAUUUGUGAUCAAGCCAAAGAUCCAGAGACCCAGUACAACACAAGAAGGAGAAGAAAUGGAAACUGAUAUGGAUGGUGUGCAGUGUAUUCCACAGCGGGCAGCACUUCUCAAAUCCAUGUUGAACUUCCUCAAGAAAGCGAUUCAGGACCCUGCUUUCUCAGAUGGCAUACGACAUGUGAUGGAUGGUUCUCUGCCUACCUCCCUGAAACACAUCAUCAGCAAUGCAGAAUACUAUGGCCCAUCACUUUUCCUCUUAGCUACUGAAGUGGUGACUGUGUUUGUAUUUCAAGAACCAUCACUGCUGUCCUCGCUCCAGGACAAUGGAUUAACAGAUGUCAUGCUGCAUGCACUGCUCAUCAAGGAUGUUCCUGCUACCCGUGAAGUCCUUGGCUCCCUUCCAAAUGUAUUCAGUGCACUAUGCUUGAAUGCCCGAGGUCUUCAGUCUUUUGUACAGUGUCAGCCAUUUGAACGUCUCUUCAAAGUUCUUCUGUCUCCAGAUUACCUCCCAGCUAUGCGGAGGAGGAGGAGUUCAGAUCCUCUUGGGGAUACUGCCUCCAACCUCGGGAGUGCUGUCGAUGAGCUCAUGAGACAUCAGCCCACACUCAAAACGGAUGCAACAACUGCCAUCAUUAAGUUACUUGAAGAAAUCUGUAAUCUUGGAAGAGACCCUAAAUACAUCUGUCAGAAACCCUCGAUCCAGAAGGCAGAUGGCACUGCCAGUGCCCCUCCCCCAAGGUCUAAUCAUGCUGCAGAAGAAGCUUCUAGUGAGGAUGAGGAGGAAGAGGAAGUACAGGCCAUGCAGAGCUUUAAUUCUACCCAGCAGAAUGAAAACGAGCCUAAUCAGCAGGUUGUUGGUACAGAGGAACGUAUUCCUAUUCCCCUCAUGGAUUACAUCCUUAAUGUGAUGAAAUUUGUGGAAUCUAUUCUGAGCAACAAUACAACAGAUGACCACUGCCAGGAAUUUGUGAAUCAGAAAGGACUCUUGCCUUUGGUUACCAUUUUGGGUCUUCCCAAUCUACCCAUUGACUUUCCCACAUCUGCUGCCUGUCAGGCUGUUGCAGGUGUCUGCAAAUCCAUAUUGACAUUGUCGCAUGAACCCAAAGUCCUUCAGGAAGGUCUCCUUCAGUUGGACUCAAUACUCUCCUCCUUGGAGCCAUUACACCGCCCAAUUGAAUCCCCUGGGGGAUCAGUGUUGUUGCGAGAGUUGGCUUGCGCUGGUAAUGUUGCUGAUGCUACCCUCUCAGCGCAGGCCACACCUCUGCUACAUGCACUUACUGCUGCGCAUGCCUACAUCAUGAUGUUUGUUCAUACUUGCAGAGUUGGACAGAGUGAAAUUCGGUCAAUUUCUGUAAACCAAUGGGGCUCUCAGUUGGGCCUGAGUGUUCUGAGCAAAUUGAGCCAGUUAUAUUGUUCCCUGGUGUGGGAAAGCACUGUUCUCCUCUCUCUGUGUACCCCAAACAGCCUACCAUCUGGUUGUGAAUUUGGCCAGGCAGACAUGCAGAAACUUGUUCCAAAGGAUGAGAAGGCAGGUACGACACAGGGCGGAAAAAGAUCAGAUGGAGAACAGGAUGGGACCGCUGGAAGCAUGGAUGCUUCUACCCAGGGAUUAUUGGAAGGCAUUGGGCUGGAUGGUGACACCCUGGCUCCCAUGGAAACAGAUGAACCUACUACUUCAGACUCUAAGAGCAAAUCGAAAAUUACACCAGCUAUGGCUGCCCGAAUUAAACAGAUCAAACCUUUGUUAUCAGCUUCAUCUCGAUUAGGCCGAGCACUUGCUGAGCUAUUUGGACUCCUUGUUAAGCUGUGUGUCGGGUCUCCUGUUCGCCAAAGAAGGAGUCACCAUGCUGCCAGCACCACUACAGCACCAACACCCGCAGCUCGAUCCACAGCCUCCGCCCUCACCAAGCUCCUUACAAAGGGUUUGUCUUGGCAGCCCCCACCAUAUACGCCUACUCCACGCUUCAGGCUGACGUUCUUCAUCUGUUCGGUUGGUUUCACAUCCCCAAUGCUGUUUGAUGAGAGGAAGUAUCCUUACCAUCUCAUGCUACAGAAAUUUCUCUGCUCUGGAGGCCACAAUGCUCUUUUUGAAACUUUCAAUUGGGCUCUGUCCAUGGGAGGCAAAGUUCCUGUUUCUGAGGGAUUAGAACAUUCAGAUUUACCUGAUGGUACAGGAGAAUUCCUAGAUGCCUGGCUUAUGCUCGUCGAGAAGAUGGUCAAUCCCACCACGGUGCUUGAAUCUCCACAUUCUCUGCCUGCAAAAUUGCCAGGAGGAGUCCAGAACUUUCCACAAUUCAGUGCCCUCCGUUUCCUUGUAGUAACCCAAAAAGCUGCAUUUACUUGCAUCAAGAACCUGUGGAAUCGGAAACCCUUGAAGGUGUAUGGUGGACGAAUGGCCGAGUCCAUGCUGGCCAUUUUGUGCCAUAUCCUGCGUGGAGAACCUGUGAUUCGGGAGAGAUUAAGCAAAGAAAAGGAAGGAUCUCGAGGAGAGGAAGAUACAGGGCAAGAAGAUGGUGGUUCUCGCCGGGAACCUCAGGUCAACCAGCAACAGCUGCAACAGCUCAUGGACAUGGGCUUCACAAGGGAACAUGCCAUGGAGGCCUUGUUGAAUACCAGCACCAUGGAGCAGGCCACAGAGUACCUUCUAACCCACCCUCCUCCAAUCAUGGGAGGAGUUGUUCGAGAUCUCAGCAUGUCCGAAGAGGACCAGAUGAUGAGAGCAAUUGCCAUGUCUCUGGGACAGGAUAUCCCAAUGGAUCAAAGGGCAGAGUCACCUGAGGAAGUUGCUUGCAGGAAGGAGGAAGAAGAACGGAAAGCCCGGGAAAAGCAAGAAGAAGAAGAAGCCAAAUGCCUAGAGAAAUUCCAAGAUGCUGACCCUCUGGAACAAGAUGAACUCCAUACUUUCACAGACACAAUGUUACCAGGCUGCUUCCACCUUCUUGAUGAGCUGCCAGACACAGUGUAUCGCGUAUGUGAUCUGAUCAUGACAGCGAUCAAACGUAAUGGAGCAGACUAUCGGGACAUGAUUCUGAAACAAGUAGUCAAUCAGGUUUGGGAAGCUGCUGACGUAUUGAUCAAAGCUGCUCUUCCACUGACAACAAGUGACACAAAAACUGUGUCAGAGUGGAUCAGCCAGAUGGCUACCCUCCCCCAGGCCUCCAAUUUGGCUACUAGAAUCUUGCUUUUAACUUUGCUCUUUGAGGAGUUGAAGCUACCUUGUGCUUGGGUGGUUGAAUCCAGUGGCAUCCUUAAUGUUUUAAUCAAACUUUUGGAAGUGGUUCAGCCUUGCCUCCAGGCCGCCAAGGAACAGAAGGAAAUACAGACCCCAAAGUGGAUCACCCCAGUGCUGCUCCUGAUCGACUUCUACGAGAAGACAGCCAUAUCCUCGAAAAGGAGAGCACAGAUGACUAAGUACCUACAGUCCAACAGUAACAAUUGGCGCUGGUUUGAUGACCGCUCUGGGCGUUGGUGUAGUUACAGUGCAAGCAACAACAGCACUAUUGAUUCUGCCUGGAAAUCAGGAGAAACAAGUGUGCGGUUCACUGCAGGCCGAAGAAGAUACACUGUCCAGUUCACUACAAUGGUGCAGGUUAAUGAAGAAACGGGGAACCGACGCCCUGUGAUGCUGACUCUUCUCAGGGUCCCACGACUAAAUAAAAAUUCAAAAAACAGCAAUGGACAGGAACUGGAAAAGACCCUGGAAGAAAGCAAAGAAAUGGAUAUCAAACGUAAAGAAAAUAAAGGCAAUGACACCCCAUUGGCUCUAGAGACUACAAAUAGUGAAAAGGAUACAAGCCUGGAAGAAACAAAAAUCGGGGACAUCCUGAUCCAGGGCCUGACAGAAGAUAUGGUGACUGUUUUAAUCCGGGCCUGUGUGAGCAUGCUGGGAGUCCCUGUGGACCCAGACACUUUGCAUGCCACCCUUCGCCUCUGCCUGAGGCUCACCCGGGACCACAAAUAUGCCAUGAUGUUUGCAGAGCUGAAGAGUACCCGCAUGAUCUUGAAUUUGACCCAGAGCUCGGGCUUUAAUGGUUUUACUCCUCUGGUCACACUUCUUUUAAGACACAUCAUUGAAGAUCCCUGCACACUCCGUCAUACGAUGGAAAAGGUUGUCCGCUCGGCAGCUACAAGUGGGGCUGGUAGCACUACCUCUGGUGUCGUAUCCGGCAGCCUAGGCUCUCGGGAGAUCAACUACAUCCUUCGUGUCCUCGGACCAGCUGCAUGCCGCAAUCCAGACAUAUUCACAGAAGUGGCCAACUGCUGUAUACGCAUCGCCCUUCCAGCCCCUCGAGGCUCGGGAACUGCAUCAGAUGAUGAAUUUGAGAACCUUAGAAUUAAAGGUCCUAACGCUGUACAGCUGGUAAAGACGACACCUUUGAAGCCAUCGUCUCUGCCAGUCAUUCCUGAUACCAUCAAGGAAGUGAUCUAUGAUAUGCUGAAUGCUCUGGCUGCUUACCAUGCUCCAGAGGAAGCUGACAAAUCUGAUAGUAAACCUGGGACUAUGACUCAAGAAGUUGGCCAACUCCUGCAAGACAUGGGCGAUGAUGUGUACCAGCAGUACCGGUCACUUACACGUCAGACCAGUGACUUCGACGGACAAACAGGUUUUUCCAUUAAUAGUCAGGUCUUUGCUGCAGAUGGUGCCACCACUGAGAGUCCUGCUGCUGGGGCCACCCAAGCAGAAGCUGCUGCGACUCCAGAGGAGUCUCGAGAUACGAAAAAAGAUAAAGAAGGGGACCGGGCCUCUGAGGAAGGCAAGCAGAAAGGCAAGGGCAGUAAACCUUUAAUGCCUACCUCCACUAUCCUUCGUCUUCUGGCCGAGUUGGUGAGAUCCUAUGUUGGUAUUGCUACCCUGAUUGCCAACUACAGCUACACUGUGGGCCAGUCUGAACUGAUCAAAGAGGACUGCAGUGUGCUUGCGUUUGUGCUGGACCACCUCCUCCCACAUACGCAGAACGCAGAGGACAAGGACACACCUGCCCUGGCCCGCUUGUUCCUCGCCAGCUUGGCUGCCGCAGGGAGUGGCACAGAUGCACAAGUAGCCCUAGUGAAUGAAGUAAAAGCAGCCCUGGGGCGAGCACUGGCCAUGGCUGAGAGUACAGAGAAACACGCCAGGUUGCAGGCAGUGAUGUGUAUCAUCAGUACUAUCAUGGAGUCUUGUCCCUCCACCUCCAGCUUCUACAGCAGUGCCACAGCUAAGACCCAACACAAUGGCAUGAACAAUAUCAUUCGACUCUUCCUGAAGAAGGGAUUGGUUAACGACCUUGCCAGGGUGCCUCAUAGCCUUGACCUUAGCAGUCCCAAUAUGGCCAACACAGUCAAUGCUGCUCUAAAGCCUUUGGAAACACUGUCCCGAAUUGUAAACCAGCCCAGUAGUCUUUUUGGCAGCAAGAGUGCUUCUAACAAGAACAAGUCUGAGCAGGAUUCCCAAGGAAACUCCCAGGACUCCAAUAGCAGCCAACAGGAUCCAGGCGAGCCUGGGGAAGCAGAAGUGCAGGAGGAGGAUCAUGAUGUCACUCAGACAGAGGUGGCAGAUGGGGAUAUCAUGGAUGGGGAGGCUGAAACCGACUCAGUGGUGAUUGCUGGGCAGCCUGAGGUGCUCAGUUCACAAGAGAUGCAGGUUGAGAAUGAGCUGGAGGACCUGAUAGAUGAGUUGCUUGAGAGGGAUGGCGGAUCUGGGAACAGUACAAUUAUAGUGAGCAGAAGUGGAGAGGAUGAAUCACAAGAGGACGUGCUGAUGGAUGAAGCUCCUUCCAACCUCAGCCAAGCUUCCACCUUGCAGGCCAACCGAGAAGAUUCCAUGAAUAUCCUGGACCCUGAGGAUGAGGAGGAGCACACUCAGGAAGAGGACAGCAGUGGCAGUAACGAGGAUGAGGAUGAUAGUCAGGAUGAAGAGGAGGAGGAGGAGGAAGAUGAGGAAGAUGAUCAGGAGGAUGAUGAAGGUGAAGAGGGAGAUGAAGACGAUGACGACGAUGGCUCUGAGAUGGAAUUGGAUGAGGAUUACCCUGAUAUGAACGCUUCUCCCUUGGUCCGAUUUGAGCGCUUUGACCGGGAGGAUGAUCUCAUCAUUGAGUUUGACAACAUGUUCUCCAGUGCUACAGACAUCCCCCCAUCCCCAGGAAAUAUCCCUACCACCCACCCAUUGAUGGUACGUCAUGCAGACCACAGCUCCCUGACGCUGGGCAGUGGCUCCUCCACAACUCGCCUAACCCAGGGCAUUGGACGCAGUCAGAGGACGCUGAGGCAGCUGACAGCCAAUACAGGCCACACCAUUCAUGUUCACUAUCCCGGAAAUCGCCAGCCCAACCCUCCACUUAUCCUCCAGAGGUUGCUCGGUCCCUCAGCUGCUGCUGACAUCCUUCAGCUGAGCAGUAGCCUUCCCCUACAAAGCCGAGGCCGGGCCCGCCUCCUCGUGGGCAACGAUGACGUCCACAUCAUUGCCAGAUCCGACGACGAACUACUAGAUGACUUUUUCCAUGACCAGAGCACAGCCACCAGCCAAGCAGGAACCCUGUCCAGUAUCCCCACAGCCCUAACCCGCUGGACAGAAGAAUGCAAAGUUCUUGAUGCCGAGAGCAUGCACGACUGUGUCUCAGUGGUUAAGGUGCCCAUUGUCAACCACCUGGAAUUCCUAAGGGAUGAGGAGCUGGAGGAAAGGAGGGAGAAACGAAGGAAGCAACUGGCUGAGGAAGAAACAAAGAUAACUGACAAAAGCAAAGAAGAUAAGGAGAACAGGGAACAGAGUCCACAGUGUGGUGGAUCUAAGACAAGUGACUCCCCUGAUCGGAACCUCUCAGAUGGGACUCCUAUGCCUGACAGCUACCCAACAACACCAUCUUCCACUGAUGCUACAUCUGAGUCCAAGGAGACCCUUGGCACUCUGCAGCCCUCCCAGCAACAAGCAGCCCUCCCAGCCCCGCCAGCCUUGGGACAGGGGCCUCAGGAGCUGCAGUCCCCGGCUGGAGAAGGAGGGGGCUCUACACAGCUAAUGAUGCCUGUAGAGUCACAGGAAUUGGGUCCCACAAGGCCAAGUGGAGAAGCAGAAACCACUCAGAUGGAGUUAUCUCCAGCUCCCACCAUAACCUCUCUUUCCCCAGAGAGAGCUGAAGAUUCAGACGCAUUGACGGCUGUCAGCAGUCAACUGGAAGGCUCUCCCAUGGACACCAGCAGCCUGGCUUCCUGUACCCUAGAGGAGGCUGUGGGUGACACCUCAUCAGCUGGCAAUUCUGAGCAGCCCGCAGCAGGCAGCUCUACUCCUGGGGAUACCCCAACAAUUGGGGCAAAUGUGCAUGGCCGGGGUGAUGGGUCAGGGGAACCUGCCCAACCAGCUGAGGACAGCUCUCCCCCUGCAUCCUCUGAGAGUUCUUCCACCAGAGAUUCUGCCGUGGCCAUAUCGGGGGCCGAUUCCCGAGGGAUCCUGGAGGAGCCACUGCCUUCAACAAGCAGUGAGGAAGAAGAUCCCCUGGCAGGUAUCAGUCUUCCCGAAGGCGUGGAUCCCUCUUUUUUGGCUGCCCUACCUGAUGAUAUUCGUCGUGAAGUCCUACAGAACCAGCUGGGCAUCCGUCCACCGGCCCGGACUGCCCCUUCGAGCAAUAGCUCAGCUCCUGCGGUCGUGGGAAAUCCUGGAGUGACUGAAGUGAGCCCCGAGUUCCUGGCUGCCUUACCUCCCGCCAUACAGGAAGAGGUGCUGGCACAGCAGAGAGCUGAGCAGCAGCGACGGGAGCUGGCGCAGAAUGCCAGCUCGGACACCCCCAUGGACCCUGUCACAUUCAUCCAGACUCUGCCCUCAGACCUCCGCCGUAGUGUGCUAGAGGACAUGGAGGAUAGUGUGUUGGCCGUGAUGCCCCCUGACAUCGCAGCCGAGGCUCAAGCCCUGCGACGAGAGCAGGAGGCCCGGCAGCGGCAGCUCAUGCAUGAGCGUCUGUUUGGGCACAGCAGUACCUCUGCACUCUCUGCCAUUCUCCGAAGUCCGGCUUUCACCAGUCGCCUGAGUGGCAACCGUGGGGUACAGUACACUCGCCUUGCUGUGCAGCGAGGUGGGACUUUCCAGAUGGGGGCUAGCAGUAGCCAUAGCAGGCCUUCUGGCAGCAAUGUGGAUACUCUCCUCCGCCUCCGAGGACGACUCCUGCUAGACCACGAAGCCCUGUCUUGUCUCCUGGUCCUGCUUUUUGUGGAUGAACCGAAGCUCAAUACGAGCCGUCUCCACCGAGUACUGAGAAAUCUCUGCUACCACGCCCAGACCCGGCACUGGGUCAUCCGUAGCCUCCUGUCCAUCUUGCAGCGCAGCAGUGAGAGCGAGCUGUGCAUUGAAACCCCUAAGAUCUCCACAAGUGAGGAAAAAGGGAAAAAAUCAAGCAAAAGCUGUGGAUCGAGCAGCCACGAGAAUCGGCCCCUGGAUCUACUUCAUAAGAUGGAAUCCAAGAGCUCCAACCAGCUCUCGUGGCUUUCUGUGUCCAUGGAUGCAGCCUUAGGCUGCAGGACUAACAUCUUCCAGAUCCAGCGUUCAGGCGGGCGUAAGCAUACGGAGAAGCACACAAGCAGUGGCUCCACUGUCCACAUCCACCCCCAGGCUGCUCCCGUUGUGUGCAGACAUGUUCUGGACACGCUCAUUCAGUUAGCCAAGGUGUUUCCCAGCCACUUCACACAGCAGCGGACCAAAGAACCAAACUGUGAGAGCGAUCGGGAGAAGGGCAGUAAGCAGGGCUGCAGCCCAUGUUCUUCACAGACCACCAGCAGUGGCAUUUGUACAGACUUCUGGGACUUGCUGGUAAAACUGGACAACAUGAAUGUCAGCCGGAAAGGCAAGAACUCCGUGAAGUCGGUGCCAGUAAGCUCUACUGGCGAGGGCGAGACCUCUCCACACAGUCUCGAGGCCUCUCCACUGGGGCAGCUCAUGAACAUGUUGUCACACCCAGUCAUCCGCCGGAGCUCCCUCUUGACUGAGAAACUUCUCAGGCUCCUUUCACUCAUCUCAAUUGCUCUCCCAGAAAACAAAGUCUCAGAAGCACAGUCUAAUUCCAGCAGCAGUGCCUCCGCCAGCCCUGCCACCUCGUCCACCACGUCUACCACCACUACCACUGCCACCUCCUCCACAUCCACGCCCACCGCAACCACCCCCAUCACUUCUUCUCCCUCCCUGGUUGCCUCCUCCGCUGUCACCACCAUUGCUGUAUCUGCUUCAACCACAGUGACCACCCCCACAACUGCUACCACUACUGUUGCAACUUCUACUAAGGGCAGCAAAUCGCCCGCAAAGGUGGGUGAAGGAGGCAGCAGUGGUACAGACUUUAAGAUGGUGUCCUCGGGCCUCACAGAAAACCAGCUACAGCUCUCCGUGGAGGUCUUGACAUCCCACUCUUGUUCCGAAGAAGGCCUUGAAGAUGCAGCCAAUGUUUUACUGCAGCUCUCUCGGGGAGACCCUGGGACUCGGGACACUGUUCUCAAGCUGCUACUAAACGGAGCCCGCCAUUUGGGAUAUACUCUUUGUAAACAGAUAGGUACCCUGCUGGCCGAGCUGCGGGAAUACAACCUGGAACAGCAGCGGCGGGCCCAAAGUGAGACCCUCUCUCCCGAUGGCCUGCCCGAGGAGCAGCCACAGACCACCAAGCUAAAAGGCAAAAUGCAGAGCAGGUUUGACAUGGCUGAGAAUGUGGUAAUUGUGGCAUCUCAGAAGCGACCCUUGGGUGGCCGGGAGCUCCAGCUGCCUUCUAUGUCCAUGUUGACAUCCAAGACAUCUACCCAGAAGUUCUUCUUGAGGGUACUGCAGGUCAUCAUCCAGCUCCGGGACGACACAAGACGAGCUAACAAGAAAGCCAAGCAGACAGGCAGGCUAGGUUCCUCCGGUUUAGGCUCAGCUAGCAGCAUCCAGGCAGCUGUUCGGCAGCUGGAGGCUGAGGCUGAUGCCAUUAUACAAAUGGUACGUGAGGGUCAAAGGGCGCGGAGACAGCAACAAGCAGCAACGUCGGAGUCUAACCAGUCGGAGACAACUGUCCGGAGAGAAGAGUCGCCCAUGGAUGUGGACCAGCCAUCUCCCAGUACUCAAGAUACUCAGUCCAUUGUCACCUCGGAGGGAUCCUCACAGGGGGAGAAGGAGGAGAGGCCGCCCGAGCUGCCCCUGCUCAGUGAGCAGCUGAGCCUGGACGAGCUGUGGGACAUGCUGGGGGAGUGCCUCAAGGAGCUGGAGGAGUCCCACGACCAGCAUGCGGUGCUAGUGCUACAGCCUGCGGUCGAGGCCUUCUUUCUAGUCCACGCCACGGAGCGAGAGAGCAAGCCCCCCGUCCGGGACACUCGCGAGAGCCAGCUGGCCCACAUCAAGGAUGAGCCACCUCCACUCUCCCCUGCCCCCUUAACCCCAGCCACACCCUCCUCCCUCGACCCCUUUUUCUCCCGGGAGCCCUCGUCUAUGCACAUCUCCUCGAGCCUGCCCCCCGACACACAGAAGUUCCUUCGCUUUGCAGAGACUCACCGCACUGUGUUAAACCAGAUCCUUCGGCAGUCCACCACGCAUCUCGCUGAUGGGCCUUUUGCCGUCCUGGUGGACUACAUUCGCGUCCUCGACUUUGAUGUCAAGCGCAAGUACUUCCGCCAGGAGCUGGAGCGCUUGGAUGAAGGGCUCCGGAAAGAAGACAUGGCUGUGCAUGUCCGCCGUGACCAUGUGUUUGAAGACUCCUAUAGGGAACUGCAUCGCAAAUCCCCUGAAGAAAUGAAGAAUCGAUUGUAUAUAGUAUUUGAAGGAGAAGAGGGGCAGGAUGCUGGAGGGCUCCUGCGGGAGUGGUAUAUGAUCAUCUCUCGUGAGAUGUUUAACCCCAUGUAUGCCUUGUUCCGUACCUCACCUGGUGAUCGAGUCACCUACACCAUCAACCCAUCUUCCCACUGCAACCCCAACCACCUCAGCUACUUCAAAUUUGUUGGACGCAUCGUGGCCAAAGCUGUAUAUGACAACCGCCUCCUGGAGUGCUACUUUACUCGGUCCUUCUACAAACACAUUUUGGGCAAAUCUGUCAGAUACACGGAUAUGGAGAGUGAAGAUUACCACUUCUACCAGGGCCUAGUCUAUCUGCUGGAAAACGAUGUCUCCACCUUGGGCUACGACCUCACGUUCAGUACGGAGGUCCAAGAGUUUGGAGUCUGUGAAGUUCGUGACCUCAAGCCCAAUGGGGCCAACAUCUUGGUAACAGAGGAGAAUAAGAAGGAGUAUGUACACCUCGUGUGCCAGAUGAGGAUGACAGGGGCUAUCCGCAAACAGCUGGCUGCUUUCUUAGAAGGCUUCUAUGAGAUCAUUCCAAAGCGCCUCAUUUCCAUCUUCACUGAGCAAGAAUUGGAGCUGCUCAUAUCAGGACUGCCCACCAUCGACAUUGAUGAUCUGAAAUCCAACACCGAAUACCAUAAGUACCAGUCCAACUCCAUUCAGAUCCAGUGGUUCUGGAGAGCCUUGCGUUCUUUUGACCAAGCUGACCGUGCCAAGUUCCUCCAGUUUGUCACGGGGACUUCCAAGGUGCCCCUGCAGGGCUUUGCUGCCCUCGAAGGCAUGAACGGCAUCCAGAAGUUUCAGAUCCACCGAGACGACAGGUCCACGGACCGCCUGCCUUCAGCUCACACUUGUUUUAAUCAGCUGGACCUGCCCGCCUAUGAAAGCUUCGAGAAGCUCCGCCACAUGCUACUAUUGGCCAUCCAGGAGUGCUCUGAAGGUUUUGGGCUGGCCUAAGGAGGCCCCGCCCACCUCUGUGGGAUUUUUCUACCACUGUUGGACCUAGGGAGGGGGGAAACAAAGAACCAGAAAGGAAAAAUGUCAAAAACCAAUAAAUGAAAUCCAUCAGCUCACCAUGUGUGUCCCGGCUGCCCACCUUCUGCAGCGCGUUACCUGCUGCUCUCUCCUGCUCAUCCCCCCCCCCCGCCCCUCGCCUCUUCCCCCUUCUGUGCCGUCCAUGAGCCCCACCCCAUGUGUUUCAAAAGGCAGUAGCCUUUGCAGGGACCUGUUUGUCCCAACUGAUUGAACAGUGUGCUCCUCAGAUUCUGUGUUCAGAAGGAUUUGCUGCAAUGAGACUUGAAACCUUUGGAUAGGGGAAAAAUUAUAUAUAUAUAUAUUUUUUUGUUCUGUUUGCAUUUCUUAAUUUGUGCUUGGAAUGUGUUGAUGUGCACAGCUAAUGAUUCAAUGCGAGACAAGAUUGGCGUCUGUGUUGUGGAGGUUUCAAAUAAAGAGCACUCUUCAUAACUCA